AUGGAGCAGAACAAGCUGCAACCCGUAGUUUCUGCGGUGCAAGCCGAGGCGCUCUCGAAGCCUGAGGAUCAUCCUCGCCGUGCGUCUCCAGUGUGGCGUGUGUACCGCCUCCGCGACGCGUGCGCGGCACUGCAGCUGAGUCUCAUGGCGUACGAGUGCCGUCAUUGCAGUGCACAUUCGAUGACGGUCGCAACGUACGUUGAUGCCUGCGCUUCGGAUCUCGUCAAAGGCGUGCGCACUCUAGAGGGUGACGCCUUAUCGUCUUUGCCUACCUGUGACUCAUCUGACGCCAUCACGACGGUGACAGCACGCUGGUUUUACAUCGGCUCUGAGACAGAUGGCGACGUACGCGUGUACCUGAUGCUGCCCACCUAUGCAGAUUACUUCUUUGACUACACAAUGCACUGGGCACGGAUUGCUCACGCCGAAAUGGCUCGCCAGUACGUUGGCCACGGACUCAUUGCAAAGCUUCAGACUGUCGGUGGGGGUUGGGCCUCGUUACACCGAGCCGACAAGUCCCUCAUGUGCGCGUUGCAGCUGUACGCGGUGGCUCAAGCAGUGUUCGACGAGGAUGUGAUGCGAAAGAGCCGACUCUUUAUUGGCUGGGCUUAUCUCUGGAACUGCAAUCCGGCCAAAGCACUGGAGGUGUUCCAUGGGGAGCUGGAAGCGGCGCGGCGGCACGGCAACACGGCCCACGAAAGGCGCUGCCUACACGCCAUUCAGAACGCGGAGCAUAACCCUUUCCUCGCCCCUGGAGGGGCGCACACAGGCCACUACCGGCUGGUGGAGGCCUGGUGGGAUGUGCUUAAAUAA